ACAGAGUGUUUUCACAUAAAAUUAAAUAAAAAAUUAAUAAACAAACAUAAUUAACUAAUUAAACAAUCAAAAACACCCGUAAAUCGUCUUCCUUUACUUAUUGCAACUGUCUACACUAAAUAAUUCGUUCCAACAGCUCUAAAUACCUCAUAACUUAAUAAAUAAGCUGUAAAAGUUUAAAAAUUGUAUUUUCGAUUAAACAUCAACAAAAAAAUCGAAAAUAAUCACAAAUACACCGUGAUAUAACGUCCAAAGGUGCAAUUGGUCAUUCCCCACCUUUCACUACGUGCUUUUCCUUAUAAUUUCACGUUCCAGACGCGAAUUCGCAGUGUCAAAGUGCGUUUUGUGCUGUGGAAGUAAAUUGGAGUUGGUGGUCCAAGGGUCGUUCGACACGUUUUUGUAGGGAAUUGUCGUCUGUGGCGGACAAAAACUUAGAAAACUCGCACAAAGUGAAUGAAAUUUAGUAAAAGUGUAAUUGUUUUACGGAAAUCGGUGAUUGUUUAAGUUAUAAACAAUGGAGAUUAAGGAAGUGAAGGUGCCUGUGCCCUGGGGACAUAUUGCAGUCAAAGUCUGGGGCGAUGAGAAAAACACUCCUGUUCUGGUAAUCCACGGCCUCCUAGACAACGCUGGAGCAAUGGAUCGUCUUCUCCAACAACUUCCCACGAAUUUCUGCUACUAUGCAAUGGAUUUACCCGGCCACGGCCGUUCAUCCCACUGGCCGCAAUACGCCAUGAUCCAUUCCAUCGAUAAUCUACUCUCAUACAAAGCUGUCACCGACUACUUCCAACGCAACGAGUACAUCCUACUCGGCCAUUCCUGGGGCGCACAAAUCGGUCUUCUUUUUGCUAUAAUCUACCCGGAAGUAGUCACAAAGUUGAUAAUGCUCGAUACACUUUUUGUUUAUCCGAUAACUUCGGGACAAUUCCGGCCAGCAAUGCAAGAAUACCACCGAAUGUACUACAGCACAAUGGAGAAGUUACAAAAGCGUAAAGCACCGGAGUACACUCGAGAGGAAGCGCUUGAUAGACUCAUGAAUCAACGCAGAUACGGCGAGAUCAGUCAGCCUGCAGCGGAAGCGAUUUUAGCACGAAAUAUGAUUCCGACGAGUGAUGGCAAGCUAAAAUUCGCCACAGAUCAAAGGCUGAAGUUUUUUGUUAGUUUAUUCACUGAUUUUCGAUAUAUUACUGAUGUUUUGAAGAAAAAUCCUGUCAAUUGUCCAGUGUUAGUGAUUUUAGCUUCAGAAAGCAAUCUGCAGACGGUUUAUUUCAAACCUGUGCUGAAAUUGUAUCAAAAACAGAAGAAUUUUACUGUUAAAGAAGUUGAGGGUAAUCAUGAUGUGCAUAAUAAUCAUCCAGAAAGAGUCGCGCCGUUGAUUUGUAAGUUUUUGAUCGAGGAAACUAAGACAAAGAGUAAAAAAGCAGUAAAAAGCAAAUUGUGAUUUGUAAGUAGUUUAAUUUGAAGGUUUUUGCAGUAUUUUUAUGAAUUUUAUAGAGUUUACUUGGGUAUAGCAUAAAUGUAUCUAUUUUAAUUAUAAACAUAUUGCUUCAGAGGGUAUUUUUAUACAUAUAAAUCAUUAUUUUAUUGUUUUAAACAUGUUAUAAACAAUAAAACAAGCUGAAAUGUUAUGAA